AAUUCAGGGAAGGGAUACUUCAGUAUAUGAGGAACUGAAUCAAAUUUACGGCUCGUGCGAUUGGAAAUAUGUGCCAAUAAUGCAUGACGAUAUUAAAGAUAUGAAAUUUUUGGAACGAGUGAUCAAAGAAAUAUUACUUUUUUAUUCCGUAAUUGCUAUCAUCGCUCGGAAAGUAACGCAAGAUGUCGAGGUAAUAAAAAAUUCGACUAUACCGAAAAGAAGUUCAGCGGAUCUUUUCAACUAUAAUCUCCAUUGCAAUGAAAAAUAUUGGAUCCUGCUGCUAGUACUCGAUCCAGAUAGGUUUCUUCCGGAGAGGUGUAGUUUUUCGAAUUUUUUUUCAUUUAGUUAUGGUCGCAGAAAUUACAUAGAUGACAAUAAUAAUUGCUACAUUGAUAUGGAUAUUUACAAUUAAAAUUGAUAAGCCAACAGAAAUUGCAGAAAUAGGAGUAAAAUUGAGCCUUUCGUUGAAAGCGAAGGAUAAAUUAAAUAAAACUAAAAUAAAUAAAAUAA